AUGGAUCCGGGGAUCUUGAGUCGAGGUGACCAUGCCAUACCUCUGGCGGUCAUUGGCAUUUCAACUCGCUUUGCGCAAGAAGCCACUGACGGAGAGAAAUUUUGGGACCUCUUGCUAAGAGCGCGCCAGGCUGCCACGCCUUUCCCGAAAGACAGAUUCAAUUCUAAUGCCUUUUACCACCCUGACCCUGAGCAUGGGGGGACGUUCCAUGUCAAGGGUGCUCAUUUUCUAUCAGAGGACCCUUUGGGAUUCGACGCCCCAUUCUUCAAUGUUAAUAAGACCGAGGUCCUAACUCUGGACCCUCAACAACGCGUUGCGAUGGAGAAUGUAUAUCAUGCAUUGGAAAACGCUGGUAUCCCGAUGGAGAAGGUGAUUGGAUCGAAGACUUCUGUAAUCGCUGCCGGCUUCAACCAUGAUCAUAUGGCUCUGAUGGACGCGGACCCAGAGGUGACCUUGAAACACAAGCCCACCGGCUCCCAGCAAUCAAUUCUUUCAAAUCGGAUAAGUUGGUUUUACGAUUUCAGCGGUCCCAGCAUAACGAUUGAUACAGCAUGUUCGAGUGGCAUUGUUGCCGUCCAUCUGGCGGCUCAAAGUUUAAAGUCUGGGGAUUCCGAAAUGGCCAUCGUGACUGGAGGUAGUAUCAUCACAUAUGUCCCUGACAUUAUUGCUAUGAGUCAUUCUGGGUUUCUUGGGCCAGAAGGGAAGUGCUUUAGUUUUGACCAUAGAGCCGAAGGGUACGGUCGUGGGGAAGGCGUCGGAAGUAUUGUCAUAAAGACAUUAGAAAGUGCGAUAAGAGACGGCGAUACCAUUAGAGCAGUUAUUCGUGCUAGUGGGGUGAACCAGGACGGCCGCACGCCGGGAAUUACUCUACCGAGUAGCAAAGCGCAAUCUAAUCUUAUCCGCGAGGUGUACAGCAGAGCAUCGUUGGAUCCAAAUAUUACAAUGUUUGUGGAAGCUCACGGAACUGGAACAGCUGCUGGUGACCCAAUCGAAGCACAAGGUAUUGCCGAUGGCUUUGGCUCCACGCGACGCAACAUGCCUCUGCACAUUGGGGCGCUGAAGGCGAACAUUGGCCAUUUAGAAGGGGGUGCAGGCAUCGCAGGAGUUAUCAAAUCGAUAAUGAUCCUGGAAUCUGGAAUUAUACCCCCAAAUGUCAACCUUGAGAAGGUCAAUCCAAAGAUCCCAACAGACGAGUGGAAUAUUCACUUCCCCACUGAGUGCAUACCAUGGCCUAGAUCUGGUCUCCGGCGCGUUUCUGUUAACUCCUUUGGAUUCGGUGGCACUAAUGCACACUGCGUUCUGGAUGACGCAUUCCAUUUCCUGAAAGAAAACGGCAUUUCAGGUAUCCAUAACACACGGGAAUUGGUGCCAACUAAGAUAGAGAUCCAAGAACGUCUUUCGGCUCUGAAAAAUGCAUAUGCUAAUCGAAGCACAUCAGUUGCAAAUCUGAUCGAAGAAGGCAACUUGGCUUGCCAAAUGGUCAAGUCCCUUUCCACAAACGAGCUAGCUAUCAGAGGUAAUUCCAAAGUCCGCAAAUUAUUUCUGCUGUCGGCCUCGGAUCAAAAGGGAAUUCAUAGAGUGGCCAUGAAUCUCUGUAAAUAUCUUACAUCAAAGCAGGAUCUAGAAUCCGAGACUGCCGAAGCCCUGCUGAAUGACCUUGCGUACACACUGUCAGAAAGAAGAUCGAGGCUACGGUGGAAGAGCUAUUUGCUGGCAGACUCAAUGUCAACUCUCAAGGGAGCCCUGGCAGAUGAAAAGGUAGUAUCGAAACCCACAAGUGUUCGCCAUCCACCCAAACUUGGAUUUGUUUUCACAGGUCAGGGGGCACAGUACUGUCGCAUGGGCCAGCAACUUUUAGUCUACCCUGCUUUUCGUGAGAGCUUACAGCAAGCAUCUGAGUACAUGAAAGCCUUAGGAAGUCCUUGGUCGCUGUUAGAUGAGGUCCUCAAAGACAAAGAAAAUUCGCGCAUUAGUAUGCCAGAAUUUUCACACCCUGCCUGCACAGCUCUCCAGAUUGCGAUUGUGGACCUCCUUUCCUCAUGGGGGAUUGUUCCAGUAGGCGUUCUUGGCCAUUCUUCAGGUGAAAUUCCUGCCGCAUACUGUGCAGGUAGAAUUUCGCGUGAAGCAGCUUGGAAAGCUUCUUAUUACCGUGGAUACGUUUCUGCCAAAGAGACGAACGUCAAAGGUUCUAUGGUUGCUGUUGGCCUUGAUCAGGAGAAGCUGCGCCCCUACCUGGAAAAAGUCCAUGCACUCCAUGGUGGCGAACUUAUCAUUGCUUGUUACAAUGCUCCAAAAAAUAACACUGUUGCAGGCGAUGAGACAAUGGUUGAUACCCUGAAGAUGCUUCUUGAUGAGGACGGUGUUUUUUCUCGCAAGCUCAAUGUGCCCAAAGCGUAUCACACCGCUCACAUGAAGAGUGUUUCUGAAGAGUACCUAGAGCUGAUGGGUAACCUGCCUCCUGGUGCAAUGCUUUCAUGUGCGAAAAGCAUCUCAAUGUUUUCCUCUGUUACAGGAAAAGAAGUUGAAGACCUGGCUAUAACACCUUCAUAUUGGGUCGAUAACAUGAUUUCACCUGUUCGGUUCACAGAAGGUCUCCGUUCAAUGCUUUUCCAGGAGAUCGACGGCAAAUCUGAUAUUAACACUCGCUUCGAUGAAAUUGUGGAGAUUGGUCCUCAUGGAGCGUUGCAAUCGGCAAUCAAGGAAAUCAUUUCUACUGCUAGCCUGGAAACUUCCAUCUCCUAUUCGUCUGUUCUUGACCGCAACGAGGCCACUACAGACAAAAUACUAAUAUGUGCUGGAAAGUUGAGCUGUAAGGCGUUUCCUGUUGACCUACUAAAGGUCAACAGCUGCACUAAUUCAGGAACACAGCAGCCUCGAUUACUGGUUGACCUGCCGCCCUACUCUUUUAACCACGACGAAAAGGGGUAUUAUGAAAGCAGAUUGACGAAGAACCUUCGUUUUCGAGAGUUUCCCAGGCACCAACUUCUAGGCGCCCCUGUUCAAGACUGGACUCGACUGAGCCGUAGAUGGAGGCAUUUUUUCAGAUGCUCCGAAAACCCCUGGCUUCGAGACCAUGUAAUUACGGACUCAUAUGUUUUUCCUGGAGCCGGUUACCUAACAAUGGCUCUAGAAGCAGUUAAACAAACAGCGGGAGAGGCUGUUCAAAUAACUGGGAUAAGAUUCAAGGAUGUGAAUAUUAAAAGUGCCCUUGUGAUACCAGAUACCAAUGCUGGUGUUGAGGUCUGUCUCUCAGUCUCCCCAGUCAAUGAAUCCAAUGAGUGGGCAUCGACUGUGUGGAAAUUCUUCCAAGUGUCCUCAUACAUACCUUCUUUUAAUGAUUGGGUGGAUAACUGUACGGGUUAUAUUGCCCUUGAGUAUGAGUCUUCGGGCCCAGAUUUAGUUGGGAACGGUCGCGAGGGUCUAGAGGCCAAGCUGCAAUGGCAGCGCGCAUUGGACCAAGCCAGUGAGACAUGUGGGACCGCACUCGAUGCAGGAAAAAUCUUCGAGAACUUCGAGACAAUCGGUCUCAAGUAUGGCCCCUCGUUUAGAAAUUUAUCCAAUGUCGCCGUUAGCGGACAACGAAAAGGUACUUUCCUGGGCGAGAUAACAGUUCCAGAACUGAAUUCCAUCAUGCCCAAGGGGUAUAUUCAUCCCCAUCUCAUUCAUCCCGCAACUCUAGAUAGCACACUUGUUGCUGGCCUGGUGGCGAUUUGCGAUAAUGCGGGUCAAACCGUGUUGAAGCGACCGAUGGUACCGACAUUCAUCAAGGAAGCCUGGAUUUCGGCAGCCACGAGUUCCCAGCCUGGAAGUCAGCUUCACUGCUUUGGAGAAGCAUCUGUGACUGCAUAUGAAUCCUAUGAUUUCAACGCAAGGUGCUGGGAUGCGGCGGGCAACGAUCCUCGUAUUCUCCUUUCUGGAGUGCGAUUCAAGCCGUUGACAGCCGAAAAUGUGGCCCACAGCACACAGAUCACCUAUGGGAUGGACUGGAAGCCGUCUAUCAACAUGCUAGAGACUCCAGAGUUCCUUGGACUGGUUCCGGUUACAGCCAAAACACCUUUUGAGAAACAGCAGGAUUCGGCUGUUAAGCUGCAGCUUGCCACGAUUCUUUUGAUUACAGAUGGUUUGGAAGAUCUAAAAACCAAUCCUCCUCCUUCUCCUCUUGAAGGACAUUUGAAAAUAUAUUUCGACUGGAUGGAGCGGGUAGUGUCUGAGUUGAACGAGGGAUCACUCCUCCACGUUCCACUAGAGCUGUGGAAGACGUAUUCAGCCGACCAUAAAUUAAAAGAAGAACUCUAUCGAUCUAUCGGAGCGGAUUUCAACACGGAUGGGCAAAUUUUGCUCCGCCUGGGCUCGCACAUUGCCGCUGUUGUACGGCAGGAAAUCGACCCACUUUAUCUGAUGUUUGGCCAGGAUGACCUCAUGCCACGUCACUAUGAGGAGGUGAUACUACUCAAUGACUCUUUACAAACUGUGCAAGAGUAUCUAUCCAUCGUUCGCGAGAAUUUCAAUGGGCUUGAAAUACUGGAAGUCGGCUCCGGUACGGGUAGCUUUACUAAGCUGAUGCUGAAAUCGCUUUGCCCUAGAUCCCAAAUAGAGAAGAAAGAUGAAAUAAGCAAUAUUUCAAAAUAUACAUUCACGGAUAUCUCUCCGAGUUUCUUUUCCAAGGCGAAGGAUCGGCUCGAGCAAUGGAAAGAUAUUUUGGCGUUUCAGAAGCUGGACAUUGGAAGCGAUCCCCUGAACCAAGGCUUCUCAGCCGGUAAAUACGACCUUAUUGUCGCUAAUAACGUGCUGCACGCCACUCCUAAUUUGCAACGGACUCUUGAACACUGCCGCCUACUGCUGAAACCGGGUGGCAAGCUUUUGGUACAAGAAGGUGUCAGGCCGGAGCUCCAUUGGGUAUCGCUUGUGUUUGGUCAGCUUCCUGGAUGGUGGCUGUCCAUUGAACCCGAACGCAAGUGGUGCCCCUACAUCACCGAGCCUGAGUGGAAUGGGUACCUUAAUCGAGCGGGCUUUUCUGGUCUAGAUGUUUCUAUUCCUAGCUCGCACUACCCCGAGUUUUCACAGCUGAGCACUAUGAUCUCCACUGCUGUGGUGGACAGCUCUAAGGGCAUCGAGGGGAAUAUUAAAGAAGUCAUAAUCCUUUGCUAUAUAUCGGCGCACGAUGUCGACGUUGUGGCAAGGCUGAAGGCUGAAGUGACGCCGUUCCUGGGUGGCAUCAACUGCUUCGUGAUGCAACCGUGUGACUUGGACGGAAGGGAUGUUACUGAUUCAAUUUGCAUAUCUCUUCUAGAGCUCGAAGAGCCCCUGCUAUUUGAUAUCAUUGAUGAUGACUUUCAGCUUGUCCAACAGUUGCUUUCUACUUGUAGGAAGCUGCUCUGGGUGACGGGCGAUUCAAAUGAAGAGCCUGCGUUCAACAUGAUCAAUGGCCUGAUACGCUCAAUCCGAUGGGAGCGUGAUGCGGACAAUCUAAACUUCACGACAGUUGCCAUGGCGGACGCACGCUCUUCACCCGCGAAGGACGUUGCACAUUCGCUUGCCAAAGUUUUCCGAUAUCAAUUUCUCAGUGGACAAACAGAACACGGAAACGCCGAGUAUUUCUGGAGAGAUAAAAUGGUAUACACUAACCGCAUCACGAGUUCUCCUGCAGCCACGGACUUCUUAGUCAGACAGUUCUCAACGCCUGCUCCUGAAUUAACACGCUGGAAGGACGUCAAGCGCGCAGUAAGACUUGAGAAUGGCACGCCUGGCCUAUUGGACAAACUACAAUGGGUUACAGAUACCACGCCCUUGCUGCCUCUCGGAGACUCCGAAGUGGAGAUUGACGUACGCGCAGUCGGUCUUAAUUUCGUGGACCUCUUAACGGUGAUGGGAGAGUUGCCAUGGGAUGUUGUUGGACGAGAGGGCGCUGGAGUUGUCACCCGAGUCGGGCCCGCUGUUAGAUGGAUCCAACCUGGUGACCGCGUGGUAUAUCUCGUGGAUACACCGAAGAAAGGGACCUUCCAGACAUAUAGUCGAGUGAACGAGACUGUUGUGGCGAGAAUCCCGAAUGACAUGAGCUUCGAAGUGGCAGCUGCGUUGCCAGUCAACUAUGCCACUGUCAUAUAUAGUUUAACGAAUGUUGGCCGGCUUGCUGCGGGGGAAAGCGUCCUUAUUCACUCCGCUGCUGGCGGCGUGGGACAAGCCGCCGUCCAGUAUGCUAUGGCGAUUGGCGCCGAGGUCUUUGCGACGGUGUCGACGCCUGAGAAAAAGGAAUUCUUGAUGCGCGAGUAUGGUGUUCUGGAAGACCAUAUCUUCUCCAGCCGAAAUUUCAGCUUCGUCAAGGGCAUCAAGCGGCUGACCGGCAAUGUCGGCGUGGAUGUGGUUUUGAACUCUCUGUCGCGCGAGGCGCUUCGUCGAUCGUGGGAGUGCCUCGCGCCCUUUGGCCGGUUCAUCGAGAUCGGCAAGAAAGAUCUCAUUGCAGGCGGAAAGCUCGACAUGUCGCCCUUUUUGCGCAACAUCACCUUCGCUGGCGUGGAUCUGCUGUCGCUGGCGGAGCAUAAACCACGGAUCGUGCAGCAGCUUCUUCAAGAGACGCUCCGGCGGUGGGAAGAGAAGACCAUCACCGGUGCUCGGCCGAACACGGAGCUGAGCUAUGCUCAACUCGAAGAGGGCAUGCGUAGGCUCCAGUCGGGUAAGCAGAUGGGCAAGAUUGUCUUUACGCCUCAGCCAGAAGACCUCAUCCCAGUGGUCCCCGAGACGCCACCACCGUACACAUUUGCGCCUGAUGCGUCUUAUAUUCUUGCUGGCGGCCUUGGGGGCAUUGGAAGGAGCUUAGCGAAAUGGAUGGUGUCGCGGGGCGCCCGGAGUUUGAUCUUCCUUUCUCGCUCUGGAAACAUCACGGAGCCGGUGGCGGAGAUGAUGGCGUCUGUGGAGAGCAGGGGCUGCAGCGUGAAGGUGUUCAAGUGCGAUGUAGCUGAUGUCGAGCGGUUGCGGGAGGUAGUCGAGGAGUGCGGGCAGACGCUGCCUCCAGUCAGGGGGUGCAUUCAAUGCUCGAUGAUCUUGAGGGACGGCUUGUUCGAGAACAUGAGUUUCGCCGACUGGGUGGCCGUGACGAAGCCCAAGGUGCACGGCUCGCUGAACCUGCACCACGCGCUGCCCGCCAGCCUGGACUUCUUCCUGAUGCUGUCGUCGGUCGGCGGCAUCAUGGGCGCGCGAAGCCAGGCUAACUACUCGGCGGCCAACACGUACGAAGACGCGCUCGCGCGGUCGCUCGUGGCGCGCGGCGUGCGGGCGGCCAGCGUCAACCUGGGCAGCGUGCUGUCGGUGGGUUUCGUGGCUGAAAACAAAGACUACACGCGGCACGUUGCGAAGACCAUCGGCGCGAUGCGCGAGGACGAAGUGCACGCCAUCGUCGAGUACCUCAUCGAUCCUCGCUGCCCACUGACGGCGUCGACGUGCCAGGUGAUCUUUGGCCUCAACACCGUGCGGUCGUUCCGCGACCGCGGCAUGCCAGCCCCCGAGUGCUUCAACUACCCGUUGUUCAACCUCCUGCGCGACUCGGCGGCGGCCUCGGGCGACCACGGUGCCCGCGACGCCCAAGUCUACCACGUCCAGGCGCUGCUCGCGGCCGCGCGAAACCGCGCCGAAGCCACGGACGUCGUCGCCGGCGGCAUCCUCCGCAAACUCGCCGUGCUGCUCAACGUGCCCGCGGACCAGAUCGAGGCGGCCAAGUCGAUCCGCGCCAACGGCGUCGACUCGCUGAUUGCCAUGGAAUUCCGCACGUGGCUGGCGAAGGAGCUGGGCGCGGAGAUCCCGCUCAUUGAGCUUAUGGCCGAAGCGAGUAUUCACGAUCUGAGCACGAAGGUGUCUGGGUUAAGUAAGUUCGUGCAGCAAGGGUGA